CGAGUGUUGAUUGACGCGGAGACGAAGCUGGCAGGCUCCCUGGCGCCCGGGCUGCGCUGCUGGCUGCUGGCGGCCGGGUUGGCAGGGGAUGGUGGGCUGAGCGGGCGAUGGAGCGCCGGAGCCAGGCGCUGGACUUCGCGCUGGGCGGCGCGGCGGCCGCCGGUGCCUGCGUGCUAACUAACCCGCUGGAGGUGGUCAAGACACGGAUGCAGCUGCAGGGAGAGCUCCGCGCCCGGGGCUCCUACCCCCGACUCUACCGCAACGUCUUCCACGCACUGGUCCUCAUCGCCCGGAAGGACGGGCUGCUGGGGCUGCAGAAGGGACUGACGGCCGCGAUCUUGUACCAGGCGCUGAUGAACGGCGUCCGCCUCGGCGCCUACUCGCAGCUGGAGGGACUGGGCUUCACUCGGCAGGGCGGCAGGGUCAGCACCGCCUGCAGCAUCGCGGCGGGGGCAGUGGCCGGAGCCAUGGGCGCCGUGGUGGGCAGCCCUGCUUAUUUGGUAAAGACCCACCUGCAGUCCCAAUCUGCGGCAGUCAUCGCUGUGGGACACCAGCAUAACCAUCAGGGUGUUGGGACUGCCUUCUUGGCGAUCUACAGGCGGCAAGGGUUCCAGGGACUCUGGCGAGGGGUGAGCGGUGCUGUUCCCCGGGUAAUGAUUGGAUCUGCUGCCCAGCUUGCUACGUUCGACUCCGCCAAGCAGCUAGUGAAAGACCAGCAGCUGUUCCACACUGACAGCUGGUUGUGCAGCUUACUGGGCGGGAUGAUGAGCAGUGUCGCUGUGGUGAUCACCAUGACGCCUUUCGAUGUCAUCAGUACCAGACUCUACAACCAACCGGUCGAUGAAGUUGGCAAGGGAAAGCAUUACAGGGGAUUCUGGGACUGCUUGCUGAAGGUCUCGAGUAAAGAAGGGCUCCUGGGUCUGUACAAGGGGAUCGGACCCAGCUACUUCCGCCUGGGACCGCACACGGUGUUCAGCCUGCUCCUGUGGGAUGAACUGAAGAAACUGGCUUACCCUAACUGCCAGGAGAAAAUCUGAGCUCCCCCCGGCAGCCGGGAGGUAAACGUACUGGGAGCAAGACUUCCUACUGUAGAAGGACAGAGGGGGGAAUGUCCCCGUUGGUGAGAAAGAAAGGUGUUUCCGCUCACAAGUUAAGCGGAGAGACAGUUACUAUUUAACUGCACUGAAAGACAGGCCACACCACUGCUCAUUUCUGCUGAAGUUCUCCUCACAUCAAAUGGAUCGAUUGCUCUGUGGUGUUGUAAACCCAGCCACGACCCCAGCUCCGUGCAAUGAGGGAGUUACACUGGGUCCAUUAGAAGGGCCUGUGGAUAGAUUUGCCCACAUGUUGGUCUGGAGCAACAGCAGAAAUAACUUGGGGACUAAGUCACAAGGAACAAGCUUGUAUUGAUCUGUCCCACCAACACGCAAAAAGCCUUAUCAUGGCUGUCUUGUCACUUUCCCUGCGAGAUCAGGACCCCUUCUCUCUCUCCCUAACUCAUAGACAGCACAGCCCACAACUGCAGUGGAAAAAUAACCCUUGUUCUUCGUGGAAUCGGGGCGACCCAUUCUGUCUCCUUUUCAAGCCUCACUGUUGGGCAGUCCAACUUAUCUAAAAAACGCGUUGAACAUUCAGCUACCCGACGGAUGAUAGUGCAGAGAAGUGGGUAGUGCAGGCGUCCAGGGUCAGCACCAGGUGCCCCUUGGUCAGAUUCCUCAGCCGUCCCCCAUCAAACCCGGCACAGGUCAGGUGUAACGCAGUCGAGAUACAGGUUAACUGUAGAGUAAGGUUCCUUUAUGCUUCAAAACUCAGCAAAAUUCCCCGCAGAGGGUCAUAGAAAGAUACAACAUGGUCACAGGCCUUUCGGCCCACUGAGUCUGCACUCACCGUCAACACAUAUUUUUCAUGCGAAGGUCUUUUAUUUUGCCUGUGUUCCCAUGAACCCCUCCCCAGAUCCUCCCACGCACCUACACAAUAGGGGCCACUUUCAGUGUUCGGUCAGCUUACGAACCCGCGUAUCUGUGGGACGUGCGAGGAAACCAGAGCACCGGGUUAAAACACAUGCAGUCACAGGGAGAAUGUUCAAGCUCCACGCAGACAGCACUGGAACGGAAUCAAACUCUUGUGUGUGAUGUUUUUGAAUCUAUAGUAUGUGCCCCCCUCAGUCUCUUUAAGUUGUGGAUGGUUCUAUUCUGACUGAGCUGAGGGCAAUAUUAACAAUCAGAGCGAGGCUAUCUGGGGCCAGAUGUGGAUCUAAAUGACGUUACCAUACAGUGGAGGCCACUCCUCCAGACACUAAUCAUGAAUGGAGUUCCAUGUAACACUAGUCUUUUCUCAACCACAAAGCCAACUAAUGCAAAACGCAAUUCAAUGUGAGGAUAAACGCACGGCGCUGUUAAAUUUUUGAAGAGCCUGCGUACAUAAACUACACUGCUGUCAACGUCUCGCGGGCAUUGCUCCCACCUGGGAUCAGAAGGUCUGGGUUUUGGUUUAUGGAACAGGCAGCGCAGUGCAGCGACUAAUCAACUAAUACUCCUUGAGAUGCCUGCUGAAGUCAAAAGACUGAAACUUUGCAAUGCUGGACCAAGAGGUCCAGACUGCCGACGAGCUUAGCCAAAGCUGUACCAAAGUAUGCCAGUGGGACCUCCAGUACGAUUGCUUUGCUGCCCGGAUUACAGUCCUAAGCCACACACUGUCUGUGGCUUUCAAAGGAAAGAUGCAGUCGAUAUGAGUUGUCUACUAACAUUGAGACAGUUGAUUUCUCAGUGAAGUGCCUUUCUUUGUAGUCUGGAAUCUGAACCUCAGCACACUUGGAUAGGCUGGAACUAUCCUGAAGGAUCACUCAGCUGAUGCAUCGUUCUGCAUCCACUUCAACUGCAGCCAUACUACAGAUCAUUGUGUGCCCUGCAGAUCAUUGUGUGCCCUACAGAUCAUUGUGUGCCCUGCAGAUCGUUGUGUACCCUACAGAUUGUUGUGUGCCCUGCAGAUCAUUGUGUGCCCUGCAGAUCGUUGUGUACCCUACAGAUUGUUGUGUACCCUACAGAUCAUUGUGCAACUCGUGAAUCAUAUGUACCCUGUCGGUCACUCGAACCAAACUUGUACGAUUGACAUUAAGGAUCACUAAUGCACCCAGCUGAUCGUGUCCUGUAGAACACAGCCCACACAGGAGUUUACUGUACACCCAGUAAGCACUGAUUGUUCUAAGGAUUACUUCUGCCAUCCUGCAUCGUGGAUUUUGUCCACGUGGAUCACGGUGUCCAGGGAAUCACUCUAACCCUUUGUGCCUUUUACUCUUGUCUAACACUUCAAAAAAGACGAAAAUAAAUAAGAGUUGUGAAUUGCGUUGAAUUGUUGCAAUUGUGGUCACGAGGGAUUUAAGACUGGGCUAAUGCGAUGAGAUCUGCAGCCUGUCACAAAACGGGCCGUGUUCACACUUAGAGUCGCAAACAGUGUACAUGAGCCCAACAGAAAGGUUGGGGGGGUACGCGGGGAGGCUGGGGUGUGGUAGAGGUGACGGGUGAUUGUGCUGGUUGAUUCUCUGGAGCAGCAGCAGUCUACUGGUGGAACUCAGAGGGCCAAGCAGCAUCUGUAGCAAGAAGUUCCUUUCCGCACGUUUCCCCCAACCACCCACCCAACCCAAACCCCCCCCCGAGUUUCUCUUAACAGAUUGUUUGUUGCUCCUUAUUCCAGAAAUUGCUGUCUCUUGUGUCUCUGACUUGAAUGCUGGUCUCCUUUGGCCUAAUCAGCAGCAAGAUGGGGUGAAGUUAAUGUCUGCAGCUGGGUUUGAUCUAAUAGGUACAGCCAUUGGCAAAACCCACUCUCUCACUCAGUCCCGUUUUAACAGACCUUCCUUCUGCUGCCUUUGUGAACCCACCAGAAGCCACAGAUCGUGACAAGCAGCUGUGCUAUGUAGACCGUAUAAUAAGACCACAAGGCAGGGGAGCAGGAGCAGGCCAUUCAGCCCAUCAAGUCUGCUCCGCCAUUUGAUCAUGGUUAGUUUAUUAUCCCUCUCACCUACCAUUCUUCUGCCUUCCCCCCCCCCGUA